AUGACAGACAGGACAUCAUUACGUCUGGCCGACUUCACCGAUCUCACCGAGGGCAUGACUGACGUCUACAAGACCCUGAUCGCAACGGGAUACUUCGAAGAAGGCGAUGUUCACUUCCCUUCCUCGGACGCAGACCCUCCAGAUCGAGAAGUGACCGCCAGGCUCAUGACCGCAGGCUUCAGCGAAGAAGCUGCUACAGUUAUACAGUAUCUCCCGUGUCCAAGCCAGCCAAUGCUCGACUAUCACUCUCACGGCAGUGUUCCGAUAGCCCCAGACAGCCAUGUAAUGCCGUACAUAUCAGCCCAGCUACCAAGUGCGGAGGACAUGCGAUCGAUACGCUUUUCCGAGAAUACGAUUGGCCAGCAUGACAUCAAAAUAUCACGAUGUCCAGGCAGAUUUGACACCAGUAUGACGUCUUCCAAAUUUGAUCAUGCAAUCGAAGCUGAUGGAAGCGGAGACUAUAUCGAACCCUACGAUACCAACAAUAACAACAACAUUUCACUAAACCUUCCCGCCAAAGAAGCCUUCCGUAAAUGGGAAGCUAAACUUCGCACUCUGUCCUGGCUACCCUGGACCGACAACGGCAAUCUAACAAUCACACCUCAGCCCACCGAGUACGAGAGCGGCCUUUCCGACCCCGAAGGACUCCGCAAAGACUACGAGCUCCAAUUCUUCGCCUGGCAACAAAGCGGUCUCGACCUCCGCGGCAAGACGUCGACCAACUACCCCACGAACGCGAUACCCGAGUGCGAGCGGAGCGAGAUAGCUCCCUCGGCAAGCGACUGA